GAUACAAAAUAAAUAUUUAAUAUUAUACAACACUUCUCACUUCAUCUAAGUAAUUAUGAUACUCAAAAAAACAAUAAAUAUAACUAGUUAAUCUAAAUAUGGUAUAAAUCUGUUUUACAUGUAUUAUAUUCACUAUUGCAUGUUCUAACUCACUGCAUUAUAAUUUUUUUAUCGUGUCAGUAUCUUUUAAUUUCGCAGGAAAUCUGCGGAGAAGUACAUACAUACAUAUGUAUAUAUACAUAUAUUACAUAGAAUAUUAACUAGGUUAUGUUUAGAUCACCACAUGGUUUAUACCUAAAAUAGGCUGUGGUUAGUUGUGCUAAAUGAUUUCAUAUUAUUUAAAUCUACAUAACAAAAUCCGACACAGUCAUGUCCUACAAUUCUUCUACUGAAGCGAAUUGUGUUUGUAGUGAAGAUAUUAAGAAAGACGAGGAAUCUAAUUUUGAUUUGGUUUUAAAAAAAAAGUGGAUGGAAGCCCAGAAGAGUGGAGUGUUUCGUUAUAUAUUAAACAUUCAAGAUUCGAAAAUAUUGGAAGGCAAAUAUCACUUUUUAGUGCAGCUAAAUAUUGAUCGCGGUUAUAAAAGAAGAUCUCCAGAAAAUAUUAUUUCAAUGAACCAACCUUUCAAUGAGAAAGAUUUUAACUUUACAAAACUUCUGUCAGAAGAACAAAUAAUGAAUUUAAAUAAUACAGACAAAGAUGAUAUAAUUGCAAUUAAUGCUAGUCCGAUUGAAUACUGUCAUUCUCUGCUGUUGCCACAAAGAUGUAAACAAUUACCUCAACUUGUAACAAAGCAUAGCUUAUUGAAAGCUGUUGAAUUGUUUUCCUUGAGUUUAUCUUCAUAUCUCAGGAUGGCUUUUAACAGUCUUUGUGCUUUUGCAUCUGUGAACCAUCUUCAUUGGCAUUUAUACUAUUUGAGAUGGAGGAUGUUACUGGAAUAUACUGAUCUUGAAGAAUAUGCAGGGCCUAUACAAAUAUUGGGAAACUAUCCAGCAAAAGGAUUUUGUAUAAAGUAUUCCAAUGUCCAGAAUAUGAAUGACUUUAUUAAUUGGGCAUUUUUGAUAAUAGACUAUUUGCAAAACAAACAAAUAGCACACAAUGUAUAUAUUACGAGAGGGAAAUCAAAUAUUAAAGAAAAUAAAGAAGAGUACAGAGACGUAAGAAUUUACAUUUGGGCCAGAAAAUCUACCGAAGGUGCAAAAGACAUUCAUGCGUUUAAUCUGGCAGCUUGCGAACUUUUUGGACACUUGUCAAUAAAAUCCAAAGAGGCGUACGAGAACGUUACGGAAGAAUAUGUAACACGCGCCUUGCGAGAGGCAACUGAAGAAACUUUCUCUUCUGUCGUUGCUGAAAUUAAAGCGUUAGUAGAGUCCCAAAUAAAUUCAGCUGCAGUAAAAAAACAGGCAGUGUAA